AUGUGUACGGUGUAUGCUCCGGCAUGCCAGAGUUUAUCGCGAAGAAGCUCUGCCCCACCCUACAGAUACAUCAACCGAGAUUUGAUCUAUACCUCCGCCAGUCCGCUGCGGUGCGCGCCAUUUGGCGCUCAAUACGAUCCCCAUUACCCCACGGUAGGGUUGGACGAGCUGACGAUGGAUAACACCGACUUCCUUCGUACUCACAAGGACCGCCCUGCCGAGGAUGUGUGCGCGGAGUUCCGCCGCCGCAACAGCACAGACAGCAGCUCCAAAGCAGCGCUAUUCGAUCGCGGAAACUGCAAAGACGUCGCCACUCCCAUUGAAAAAGGCAUCUCUCCACGCCCGACCAACAUCAGCGGUCGCAAAACAGGUCUCCGCAGCUCGUCGUCGAGCAGAACCAACAUGUCGAGAGAAUAA